AUGCCAAUCCUCACGGCUUCUAGUCAAUUGGAGAAUACUAACCAGGCUAUUGGCAUAUCUGCUCUGCGUACGUUGGUCGAAGGCCUCGCGCGGUACUUCUUCCGCAUCCCGAGAUGUCUCCGAGAAAGGGCCUUAAACUCUCUGAUGCUCCGAGUCAAAGACACGCAUCCGAGAAUUUGGAAAAGUUACUGGGCGUAUUGUAGCCAAACACGGCCCGCCAGGGGGAACCUUGGAUCUUGUGGCUUCUCAUCUCGACAAUGUCGACCCGAAUGUAAGGAACUGGGCCGUCCAGUGUUUUUUACUGGCAAAGAGAUCUUCCAGAGAGACAUACUGUAUGCCACAAAGGUGUUGGGGAGAUACACGUCCUUGCUAAUGACAACCCUGGACUUCCUCGUCUCUGAAUUAAAAGAUGCCGGUCAACAUGCCAGGAUGCGGAUACUAGGGAUUUUAAGCAAGCAAGCGGGCUUGCCGGAGAGUAUUCAAAUGUCUCUGGUCUCUGAAUUAAAAGAUGCCAAUCUCGAUACUGGAAAGCGGAUAAUAAGUAUUCUUAGCAAACAAAAAGCGCUGUCGGAGGAUAUCUUAACGGCUCUGAAACCUAGAUUAGAAAAUGCUGAUCCAGAUGCUAUCAAGUGGAUAGAUAAUGUUAUUGACAAGCAAUUGGCUCUGUCGGAGAGUACCGAAAGGUUUCUGGUCGCUAUGUCAGAGCGUGCCGGACCAGGUGUCAGGAAGCGGAUAGUAGAGAUUUUUGAGAACCCGGCCAGCAGGAGCCUACCCUAA